CCCCGCCCCGUCGACGACCUGUUCGACAGCGACGCCGAGAGUGACUCGUUAGAGGAAAUCCAGGAAGCGAUGGCAGAGAUGGACGAGAGAGGCGACGACCUCGCCAGUCCAGAUGCCCCAGGAGAGGAGCACGAUGUCCACCCUUUGUGGGGCUUACUUGAGGACCACAAGGAAGCUGACAUUGCAGAGAAGCGCUUGCACGUGGCGGUCAAAGAGAAUGAGUCUGGACUCCUGGGCCAG